AUGAUGAGGAUGAUGGUACACCACCCUCUGUGCGUGUUUGCCCUCGUGUUGUGCUGGGCGUCCUAUUGCGUGACGGCUGCUGCUACCGAGGGCGGUGUUGUCGAUUCCCUGCCAGCCGCCGCUGCUGAGGGUAUUGAGGCGAGGAUGGCCGAGGAGGAGGCGGACGUGAAGGAGAAGGAGGGUGUGCUGGGGAGAGCGAAGAGAGGUGAGUUGGCCGCCAGAGGUGCUCAGGCUGCACUGCAGAUGGCGAAAGAGGCAGCAAUGAAGGCCAGGCAGGCAGUGGAGGAGGCCAAUGUGAAUGCUGAUGCCGCAAACAGGGUGGCGACAAAACUCUGCAGACAGCUGCAAUGUUUGGAAGUGCUGUCAGCGCACUGGUGA